UAGAAAAAAUGGCACCAUCUUUGCAUCUCUUAUCCUUUUUGCUGUUAUUGAUUCAUUCCAUAGGUUGCUGCUACUCUUCUUCCAUAUGCCAUGAUGAUGAGAGAUCGGCCUUAUGGCAGUUCAAGGAAAGCCUUGUCGUUGACAACUUUGCUUGUGAUCCGUCUGCCAAGCUAUCCUCCUGGAGUCUCCAAGGAGAUAUGAACAAUUGCUGCUCAUGGGGUGGUAUCGAAUGCAAUAACAACACAGGUCACGUCAUUGCUCUUGACCUUUCAAGCAGCUGCCUCUAUGGUUCUAUCAAUUCUAGUAGCACCAUUUUUCGCCUUAUUUACCUUACAAGCCUUAACCUUGCCGAUAACAACUUCAAUGCUUCUACAAUUCCUUCUGAGAUUAGAACUCUGUCAAGUUUGACAUACUUGAAUCUCUCUCUCUCUAAUUUUUCUAACCAAAUUCCAAUACAAGUCCUUGAGCUUUCCAAGUUGGUUUCUCUUGAUCUUUCGGACAAUCCGUUAAAGCUCCAAAAUCCAAGUCUGAAAGAUCUAGUUGAAAAAUUAGCCCAUUUGUCCCAGCUUCAUCUAAAUGGGGUCACCAUUUCUUCUGAAGUACCUCAGAGCUUGGCAAACUUAUCUUUUUUGUCUUCUCUCCUUCUUAGAGACUGUAAAUUACAGGGUGAGUUUCCUGUCAAAAUCUUCCAAUUGCCCAACCUUCGCAUUCUUAUUGUGCGAUUAAAUCCAGAUCUCACUGGGUAUUUACCAGAAUUUCAGGUGGGUAGCUCUCUUGAGGCGUUGUGGCUCGAAGGCACAAAUUUCUCUGGUCAGCUACCACAUUCAAUUGGCAACCUUAAAUUAUUAAGUAGUUUUGUUGCCGGUUCAUGCCGUUUUGGGGGACCAAUACCACCUUCAAUUGGUGAUCUUGGUAACUUGAAUUUUCUGGAUCUUUCUUAUAAUAACUUCUCAGGCAAGAUCCCUUCUUCCUUUGGAAACCUUCUCCAACUCACUUAUCUGUCACUUUCCUUUAAUAAUUUCAGCCCUGGCACUUUGUAUUGGCUUGGUAACUUGACCAAUCUCUAUUUUUUAAAUUUGGCUCAGACCAAUUCACACGGAAACAUCCCUUCUUCUGUUGGAAACAUGACCAAACUCAUUUACUUGAGGCUUUAUUCGAAUAAAUUGACUGGUCAAGUUCCAUCUUGGCUAGGAAAUCUUACCGCAUUAUUGGAGCUUCAGCUUGCAGCAAAUGAAUUACAGGGUCCAAUUCCAGAGUCUAUUUUUGAGCUUCCAAGUCUUCAGGUUCUUGAGCUACACUCCAAUAACCUCAGUGGGACUUUGAAAUUUGACUUAUUUCUUAAAUCAAAAAACCUGGUUAGUCUCCAACUAUGAAACCAUUUGUCUCUGAUUAGCAGUCCUCCUAUUAAUAUUACCGUCCACAGAUUUAAAACGCUUGGAUUGAAUUCAUGUAAUCUAAGCGAGUUUCCAUUCUUCUUGCGUGGCGAAAAUGAUGACCUGGAGCAUCUAGACCUAUCUCAGAACGAAAUUCAGGGACUCAUACCAGAUUGGAUAACAGAUUUGGGUACCGAAAGCCUUAUAAUUCUGAAUCUGGCUUCCAAUUUUCUGACAGGUUUUGAGCGACCCUUUAAUGUUCUUCCAUGGAAAAAUUUACAUGUCCUAAAUCUCUCGGCCAACAAUCUUGAAGGGCCACUUCCAAUCCCACCUCCUUCCAUCUCCAUCUAUAUAAUCUCUCAGAACAGCCUGACCGGAGAAAUCUCACCAAUGUUUUGCAACCUGACUUCAGUUUUGACUCUUGAUUUGUCAAGAAACAACUUGAGUGGCUCUCUUCCACGAUGCUUAGGAAACUUCAGUAACUUCGUGUUAGUGAUGGAUCUUCGAAGCAACAACUUCUCUGGCACCAUUCCUGAUAGAUUUGAGAGUGAAUGUAAAGUGAGGAUGAUGGAUUUCAGUCAUAAUAAAUUAGAAGGGAAGCUACCGAGAUCAUUAGCCAAUUGUACCAAGCUAGAGAUGCUCAAUCUUGGGAACAAUCAGAUAUACGAUGUCUUCCCUUCUUGGGCGGGUCUUCUUCCACAACUCAGGGUUCUGAUUUUGAGAUCCAAUAGGUUGGUUGGUGUAGUAGGGAAACCUGAAACCAAUUUCGACUUCCCUCAGUUGCAAAUCAUUGAUCUCUCCGACAAUACUUUUACAGGGGAGUUGCCAUUUGAGUACUUUCAGAAAUGGACUGCCAUGAAAAGUAUCGAUCAAGAUCAGUUAAAGUAUAUAGAAGUGGACAUAAGUUUCCAAGUACUUGAUUAUUCAUGGUCCAACCAUUUCAGUUACUCAAUUACAAUCACAAACAAAGGCAGAGAGACAACAUAUGAAAGAAUCCUGAAGUUCUUUGCAGUCAUCAAUUUCUCAAGUAAUAGGUUUGAAGGAAGAAUCCCUGAAGUGAUAGGGAAUCUACGAGAAGUUCAGUUGCUAAACCUAUCAAACAACAUUCUCACUGGUCAAAUUCCCCCAUCCUUGGGGAGCAUGAAAGAGCUUGAAGCUUUGGAUCUUUCGCGAAAUCAACUGUCAGGAGAGAUCCCAAUGAAGCUGGCGCAGCUCAGCUUCCUUGCUUUCUUUAAUGUUUCUGAUAAUAACCUCACAGGACCAGUACCGCGGGGAAACCAGUUCGAUACAUUUGAAAACAAUUCAUUUGAUGCAAAUCCAGGAUUGUGUGGCAACCCUUUGUCAAAAAAAUGUGGGUUUUCUGAGGCGUCAACAUUAGCACCUUCAAACUUUGAACAAGAUCAAGGCUCAGAAUUUCCUUUGGAAUUUGGGUGGAAGGUUGUGCUGUUUGGGUAUGCAAGUGGAUUGGUGAUAGGAGUAGUCAUUGGGUGCAUUCUUGACACAGAAAAGAAUGAAUGGCUCGUCAAUACUUUUGCAAACUGGCAACUUAAAGUUAGACGUACUUUAUGUGAAAUAUGGAGAACUUGAUUCUUCUUUUGCAAACUUGUAAACCUAGAAUUUAGUAUCAUAAAUUGUAUUAUAUCUGUCUUUUUAUU